CUCCCCCUUCUGUUCUUGCUUGGCAACGCUUGCUUGCACUUAUCCUUCCAACGCUUGACCACCAACCCAAGACUGCACAAACAGCACGACCCUACAACCUUCACUUGCUCGAUCCACAAGAGGCAGGGAACCAAGGAACCAAGGUCACCCACCAUGUCCAUGUCGUAUGCACCCCACAAGCUGAGGCCUCCAGAGGGCUUGGAGGAGCUCCUGUGGUCGUUUGCAAAAGAGGUCCUGCGGGAUCAACCAAAGGACAUUGUCAAGUAUGGCGCACAGUACUUCAGGGCCGCGUACAACGAGCGUGAGAACCCUUCUGCACCACCCCCACCAAAGCCCGUCACCAUCGUGCGAGAAACGCCGACGGAGGCUGAAACAACCUCCAGCGUGCAGACGACCCCAGCCCAGGCAUCCGCGCCCCCAAUGGAGACAAAACCCGCACAGCCGGCGCCAGAGGCAGCGCAACUGCCACCAAAGCCACAAGCACCCCCAUCGCAAGCGUCAGCCCAAACGGAGCCGGAAAAGCCUGCUACACCUGCGCAGACGGAGCACGAAGUCCAAAAGCCAACAGCCAGCGUGCUCGAGCCUGAGUCCAAGCAAUCAAAGCCGUCACCGCCGCCACUGACGUUUGAUCAACAGGCCCUGUUGCGGAAGAUUGCACCGAAUGAGGCGAGCAAGGAGGCGCUUGCGAUCAUCAAGGACAAGGAUCAGAUGAAGUCGCUGUGGAACCAGGUUGACUUCAACAACAACGGGAUUGUGAGCCUUGCUGAGCUUGACAAGCUUGUUGUUGAGAAGGGGUGGAACAUCAGCAAGCCUGCGCUGAUGCGCGCGUACAAGAAGACGACGCUGAAGGACGGCGACGGGGAUGCGUGGGUUGAGAAGAAGGAGUUUGCGGCGUUUAUGCGCAACAUGUUCUUCUUUGACCGCCUGUGGGAUGUGUUUGAUGACAUUGACACUGGCGACGACCGACGGAUUGACGUUGGGGAGUUCAAGGCAGGGAUGGAGAAGCUUGGGUCGCGGCUGAGCGACGACGAGGCGCAGGCUGAGUUUGCGAAGAUUGACCGCAACGGGGGCGGGCAGAUUCUGUUCAAGGAGUUCUGCCACUACGUUGCUGGGCUCGUUGGAGCGGCGCUUGAGGGCGACAAGGCUGCGUUCCAGGAGGACACGGACCGGGCAGCGAAGAAGCCUGGCAGCGCUGGUGCGACGGAGGCGUCGAAGGAGGGUGCUGCUGAGGGCAGCGAAGCCAAGCCUGCUGCUGCCCCUGUUGCUGCCAAGGACGGCCUGAACGAGGAGGGCCUGCUUGCGCGGCUUGGGCUGGACGAGGCGAGCAAGGAGGCGCUUGCGAUCAUCAAGGACAAGGAUCAGAUGAAGUCGCUGUGGAACCAGGUUGACUUCAACAACAACGGGAUUGUGAGCCUUGCUGAGCUUGACAAGCUUGUUGUUGAGAAGGGGUGGAACAUCAGCAAGCCUGCGCUGAUGCGCGCGUACAAGAAGACGACGCUGAAGGACGGCGACGGGGAUGCGUGGGUUGAGAAGAAGGAGUUUGCGGCGUUUAUGCGCAACAUGUUCUUCUUUGACCGCCUGUGGGAUGUGUUUGAUGACAUUGACACUGGCGACGACCGACGGAUUGACGUUGGGGAGUUCAAGGCAGGGAUGGAGAAGCUUGGGUCGCGGCUGAGCGACGACGAGGCGCAGGCUGAGUUUGCGAAGAUUGACCGCAACGGGGGCGGGCAGAUUCUGUUUGUCGAGUUUUGCAACUUCAUUGCUUCUCUUGUUGGCGUUGACCUGGAAGAGUUUACCAUGACCUAAAUGCGUUCUGAGUGUUGUUUUGUUUUCGCUUGUGUGUCUUUUCGUGCCACACUUUGUUGUUUCAUGUUCAAGUCGUUCUUGCCGUUAAUGUUGUUCCUUUACUUGGGCUUUUGCUUCUUGCGCAACUCGCAAGAGUUUUAUCAGCGCACUGCCUCGAACUCGCCCAUGCUUCAACUCUUUGCACACUUGAAUGACACUUCUUGCCUGUGUGGUCCGCGUCUUGUGCAGUAAAUCCGGUCGUUCAUCA